GCUUCUUCAUCCACCUUUGGCAGACCAAGAAAGAGCCGAUUGGAGAGGAUCUUUCGUCAGCCUCUCUGCUAGAGACGAAAUGCACCCAGUACGGUUGAGCGAUGACUGAUAUGUCCUCUUCCUCAUUCUUCAUGUAUCAAGAAUCCCGGUGUCCACUGCCUCAGCCACAGGAUGCCACGGCGAAGACGACGCUACCAUCUCAUUCCGUGCGCGUCGCGACGGGAUAUGGUUUCUUCUCAAUGGCGAUAUUGAGAUUGUGAUGUGUGUGGUUUGAAUUCUCCUAACUGAUGCUGCUUCAGAAUACCCUCCAUCAUCGUAUCUCUUCGCAUGGCUAAAAAGCACUCUGCUCACGAGCCUCUGCUGCUCGACCUCACCGAUGUCGAGAAGCCACCUCGUUUCGCCCCCCCUGCAUUCGUCAAAUGGGUUCUCAACAUCGCAAUGUGGCUCUCCUUCAUUUUCUGGGUUGCGAUCAUAUUUGCUUCCCCCUCGGAGUCCGCGGAGAAGUUAACGAGGAAUUGGACUAGAGCAGCCAGUGGAAGCGUAUAUGGCCUUACAGGAAGCAUAUUCUUGCUAUAUAGCGGCCCGAUUCUAGCUGUUGCGUUUCUUGCCAUAGCAAGUCUGAUCAUUGGCGGGGAGAAAGAGCUCCAAUUGAAGAAGACCGGCAAAUACCCGAGGUUUCGAUUACGGACAUUUCCCAUCCUGGUCGAUGGACCAUUUGGAGUAGUCUCAGCAGCUGAGUUUAUCGGGAUUUGCUUCUUUGUCGUGUUUGUCCUCUGGGCUGUUUAUGGUUAUACCCUGCAGAAUCUCAACUUGUUAUCAGAGCUCCAAGUACCUCCCGACUUGAAAGGCAUAGUGAUGCUGGAACUUUCUGGACUUCGUUUUGGUUCCAUCGGGCUGUACUGCUUGGCGUUUCUCUUCCUCCCAAUUACUAGAGGAUCUGUUCUUCUCAGUAUCAUUGACAUCCCCUUUGAGCAAGCAACUAGAUAUCAUGUCUGGCUUGGACAUCUCACAAUGUUUGUCUUCACCCUCCACGGGCUAUUCUACUUAAUCGCAUGGGGUCUGCAAGGUCGCCUGCUACAUGAAAUACUGGAGUGGAGAGAUUAUGGUGUUGCUAAUCUACCUGGGGUUAUCAGCCUUUCGGCUGGUCUACUGAUGUGGGUGACAUCAUUGUCUCCAGUGAGGAAGAAGCAAUUUGAAUUAUUCUUCUACACGCACCAACUCUACAUUGUCUUUGUCAUCUUUAUGGCUCUGCAUGUUGGAGAUUUUAUUUUCAGUAUAGCUGCUGGAGGAAUUUUCCUCUUCGUGAUUGACCGGUUUCUGAGAUUCUGCCAAUCACGAAGGACUGUGGAUGUUAUUUCAACAACAUGUCUGCCUUGUGGAACUGUAGAAUUGGUCUUUUCAAAGCCAGCAAAUCUACGGUACAAUGCCCUGAGUUUCGUUUUCCUUCAGAUUAGGGAAUUAUCUUGGCUUCAAUGGCAUCCUUUCAGUGUUUCUUCUAGUCCUUUGGCUGGGAAGAAUCAUGUCUCUGUCCUCAUAAAGGUCUUAGGCGAAUGGACGGCAAAAUUGAAGAGCAAUGUAUUGGACAUUUCUAGUGCUGAAGGAGAAAAAGAACUACCCAACCAAUCUUGUUCCAAAAUAACAGCCUCUGUUGAAGGGCCUUACGGGCAUGAAUUGCCUUACCAUCUGACAUAUGAAAACCUCAUCCUGGUGGCUGGAGGCAUUGGGAUAUCCCCCUUUUUGGCUAUCUUGAGCGAUAUACUUCAUCUUACAAAGGAAGGAAAACCAUGCGUACCCAAGAAUAUAUUAGUCAUUUGGGCCAUCAAAAAAUCAGAUGAGCUCCCUAUACUUUUCACUCUCGAUGCAGAGUCGAUCUGCCCUCACUUUUCUGAGAAACUAAAUCUCCAAGUCUGUGUUUAUGUUACACGGGAAUCUGAUCCUCCUCUGGAAGAAGGUAAAUUUUACAAGGGCAUUAGCUCUUCCAUGUCUCCUCCAUCCAAGGGUAGCUGCAUGUCUGUUCUAGUUGGCACUGGAAACCGUGUGUGGUCUGGGGUUUAUGUUAUCUUGUCCGUGGUUGGCUUUGCCAUAUUGAUGGCCCUGCUGGACAUCUUCUACAUAAACCCUAUGAACAUAGUCUCAUGGUGGUACAAAGGCCUCUUGUUUGUAGGAUGCAUGUUUUCCAGUAUGAUCAUAUUUGGAGGCCCUGUCAUCUAUCUAUGGCGUGUCUGGGAAAAAAGAAUUCUAGAUGUGGAAGAAUCUGCAGAUGCCAGGAAGGAUGAAGCGUUGCAGCACAGUGCCAGUGUUUAUAUAACGCAGGAAAACUUAGUCCCAAAAGACCGUGCUGUUGCGAGGAGAAUGUAUUAUGGCACUAGACCAAACUUUGAAGAAAUUUUUACAUCUGAGUCCGAGUGCUGGGGCAAUGUUGACAUUGGCGUAAUCGUGUGUGGUCCUGAGACUCUUCAGUCGAGUGUUGCCAGAGAAUGCAGGUCGCAGAACUUAAGGAGGGGGUCACUUCGGCCGGUCUUCCAUUUCAACAGCCAUAGUUUCGAUCUGUAGCUACUUUACUAUCGCUCAUCACUCGUGUCUGUGCCAAACUCGAAAGAUCCAAUUGGGAGCAUUGAUAAGCCUACACUACUGAUGCAAUAUACUGUGAAUACAAUCCUUAUCAUAUAGGAUCAGAUAUCGUUGUAAUGUCAAAUAAGGCAGUAUUCUGUCACCUAGGUAGAUGAGUAGUGUGCUCUGGAUCUAAUAUGUGAGGCACACACAGAUGUAUAUUGGUGGACAUUAUUACAGUAAUGUACUGAUUACAUAUAAAAAUGCUUUUAGCCUAUGUAAAUUCAGCUUCAAA